UAGUUCAGUGCUAGAAAAUUUGUUUUUCCUUAAAAUUGCAUGUAGCCUCUAACUCUUUGUAAGUCCGCUUAAUUUCUUUUGCAAUCCAAAAAUAGACUAUUGUACAUAGUUAUGUCGAAGAAUUACAUAAAUGCGCUUUUGAAGCCUUUUCGUGAGAGUAACGUAGUGGGAGCUUUACUGAAACUGUUCGACACGGGGCCGAAUCAAGGACUAAAACGUGUUGGGAUCGCGAAAAAUGAGGUUCCGACGGCCAAGUCUGGUGCGGCGCAGUACAGCAGCGGCGUACGGAAGGUGACAUUAAUCCCUGGACAUGGCAUUGGCCCUGAGAUUACUGUCGCAGUGCAGAAAAUCUUCGAAGCUGCUAAAGUACCUAUUGAGUGGGACGAAGUCGAUGUCACAGCUGUUAGGGGUCCGGACGGAAAGUUUGGUAUACCCCAGAAGGCUAUAGACUCAGUAAAUGCCAACAAGAUUGGUUUAAAGGGUCCCCUGAUGACCCCAGUGGGCAAGGGCUACCGUUCCUUAAAUUUGGCUCUCAGGAAGGAGUUUGACCUUUACGCUAAUGUUAGGCCCUGCAAAAGUUUAGAUGGCAUAAAAACAUUAUACGACAACGUGGAUGUGGUGACGAUCAGAGAGAACACAGAGGGUGAGUAUUCUGGUAUCGAGCACGAGAUCGUAGACGGCGUGGUUCAGUCCAUCAAGCUGAUCACAGAGGAAGCCAGUAAGCGUGUCGCCGAGUUCGCAUUCCAGUUCGCCAGAGAUAACAAGAGGAAGAAGGUCACUGCCGUGCACAAGGCCAAUAUUAUGCGUAUGUCAGACGGUCUGUUCCUCCGAUGCUGCCGCGACUUGGCCACAAAGUACCCUGAUAUCAAGUUUGAAGAACGCUACCUCGAUACCGUCUGCCUCAACAUGGUGCAGGACCCCUCCAAGUUUGAUGUGCUGGUGAUGCCCAACUUGUAUGGUGACAUUAUGUCAGAUAUGUGCUCUGGUCUCGUUGGCGGGCUGGGUCUGACACCCUCGGGCAACAUUGGCAAGAACGGUGCCCUCUUUGAGUCUGUGCACGGCACAGCUCCCGACAUCGCGGGUAAGGACAUGGCGAACCCUACAGCACUGCUGCUUUCAGCAAUUAUGAUGCUGCGACACCUGCAGCUCAAUGAGCACGCGGACCGCGUCCAGAAUGCCUGCUACGAGGUACUACGCGAGGGUAAGUCCCUCACCGGAGACCUGGGCGGUACAGGGAAAUGCAGCGAGUACACUAACGCCAUCAUCUCGAAACUAAACUAAAUUUUUUAUCUGUAUGCUGCGUUUUGACCUUACAAAAGUUUUGACUUCAUAAGAAGUAAUUGUGAUCGUGAGAUUUGAUGACUAUAUGUUGUAAUUCAAACUCGAAUUUAGAGAAUUAUAUUGUAGAUAAAAUUAAUGUACAGAAUACCAAAGUAUUAUGUGUAGUUCAUAAAGUUUUACGACCUUUAUUUA